AUGUUAAUUGAUAUUUUAUUGAUUACAUUGUUUUAUGUUGGGACGAAGGAUUUUGGGUGGAGUUCGGAUAGUGAUGACAUUGAGAUAGUGAUUAGUAGAAACUGUUCACAAGACUUUGUAAAUGAAACUAUUGAGGAUGAAACCAUGGAAGAGCAAUAUGAUGUGAGCAUGAGAGAUGGAUUGGAUGUGGGAGAUGACGUUAAUUUGGGAGUUGGUGAUGGAGAUGGAAUCAUUUCGAUUUCCACUUCCAGUAGUGAAAAUCUUGAACCGUUCGUUGGGAAGGAAUUUGAUGAGGUUGAGGAUGCCCAAACAUUUUACAAGGCGUAUGCAAGACGAAAAGAUUUUAUAAUGAGAACCAAUCAUACGCAAUUAUCCAGAGAGGACAGAAAAUUAGUUGCAGUACACUAUGUUUGUACAAGGGAAGGAUUUAGGCGUGAAAGUCUCAAACAAAAAGAAAGAAAAAAUCCCGAACUUGCUGAAACAAAGAUUGGUUGUAAAGUUACCAUGUGUAUAAAAAAUGAUGAUGAAAGGUGGAUAGUUUGCAAGUUUGUGCCUGAACACAACCAUGUGCUACUGACACCAAGAAGUACGAGCUUGCUCCGUGGACAUAGAGGGGUAACGCGUGUGCAAAAGAAAUUCAUUCUCACUUUGAAUGAGUCCGGCAUACCGACAAGGAAGAUAAUGUCGGUCUUGAGCAAAGAAUCACGUGGUGAUUUUAACAUAGGUUGUAUUGGUAAAGACGUUGAAAAUUAUUUGGGAAAUAAAAGAAGAAAAUUGUUUGAAGAGGGAAAUGUACAAAGAUUGUAUGCAUACUUUGUUGAUCGACAGUGUAAAGAACCUGAGUUUGUAUAUUCCAUGCAGAUUGAUGAGAAUGAGUGUAUGAGAAGCUGUUUUUGGGCAGAUGCAAGAUCAAGGUCUACAUAUCAAUAUUUUGGAGAUGUUGUCACGUUUGAUACGACAUACCUCACAAACAUUCAUAAGAUGCCAUUUGUGCCGUUUUCAAGAGUAAAUCACCAUCACCAAACCAUAAUGUUUGGUUGUGCAUUGUUAGUCAAUGAAACAACUGAAUCCUAUAUAUGGUUAUUGAGGACAUGGCAGGAAGCAAUGCUGGGGCGUGCCCCUUUAACUAUUAUUACUGAUGAUGACAAAGCCAUGGAGAAGGCAAUUGCAGAGGUACUUCCAAAUACUAUUCACCGGUUGUGCUUGUGGCAUAUUUUGCAAAAAUUUUCAGAACAUUUGGCACAUGUUUACAACAAGUUUCUGGAAUUUUCGAAAGAGUUCUAUCAUUGUAUUCAUGAGACAAUAACAUGUGAUGAAUUUGAGGAGGAAUGA